AUGUCAUAUAGUCAUUGUGCCAGGGUCAGUGCAGCACGUUUAUCGGAUCUACAAUGUUUAAUACAGCAACGUGGUGAUGCACUUGAUUAUAAUUUCGAAUCGGUCGAUGACAAUUGUUUACUAUCAAUACCAUCUUUUAUGUCGAAUUUUCGUACAUCAUCAACUGCCGUAUCAUCUCCGUUAACCUCGUUACAACAAACAGAUGAUUUAACAGGCGAUGAACCUCCACCACCAUUAUCAUUUAAAUACGAAGAUUUGGAACCAUCAUCAGUACAUGCACAAUACGAUGAUAUAAUUGUUGAAACAUUGAAAGUAAGAACAACAUUGCCAUUAAGAACGCAAUUAAAAGUAUGA